AGCCUUGGGAAUUUUCUAUGUAGUUAAGAUAUGUGAUGGACUGUUAUGUACUGCUAUUUCUCUAAUGUUGUGACUAUAUACAUUAUUAAUGAUCUAUUAAUGUUAAUUCAGUCAAUCAAGAAUGAUUCUACUCUGGCCUAAGUUUGAAGUUUGUUCUUAUUCCUGUUUUGCCUACCAAUUUGUCCCUGUAUAAGAAGUGUCUGAAACGAUGAUAUGGCUGUUGUGGGAUGUCCAAUGAGAGAGUUUGGUCACAAGAAUCCAUCUCAUCAUCAGCUAAGGAUGAUUGUUGUAGUCAUUGGUGGAAGGAGCUCCAACCCACUCACUCUUCAAAUUGGUCACAGUGUUGUCUGAGGGAAAUGUUAAGGAAGGCUCUGGCUUCAGUACCUGUAAGCAACAUGAAGUUUGCAUCGGUGUUAGUCCUUCUUUUUUUCUGCUCUACUUUCAAGAAAUCCCAUGGAAAGUCAAAGCCCAAACCGGGCUGUGAAUACCCCCCGUCUCAGUGGUGUAGGAGUUUGGAAAUUGCAAUAGAAUGUGGGGUUCAGAAGCAGUGUCUGGAGCUCAAUGCCACCAGGCCCAAUUCAGCAGUACCCAGAGUUGUGGUGACCCUGUACUAUGAGAGCCUGUGUCCAGGCUGCAGGGUCUUCCUCACCCAGCAGCUCUUCCCUACCUGGGCCAUGCUCCAUGAUAUCAUGGAGGUAAAACUGGUGCCCUACGGCAAUGCGCAGGAGCUUCCCUCAGGGAAUUCUCCCUUCACCUGUGAACAUGGGGAACCAGAGUGUCAUAGCAACAUGAUUGAGGCAUGUAUUCUACAUUCAGUGGGUCUGUACUCUGCCUUCCCUGUCAUUGACUGCAUGGAAUCUGCAGCAAAUGUUCUCGCCGCCGCCCAACCUUGCUUACAGCUACACGUCCCCUCCAUGACGUGGGACAGUGUCACAACCUGUGUUAAGGGAGAGCUCGGCUUCAAACUUAUGCAUGAGAACGCCCUGAAGACCAAUGCUCUCAGUCCAGCCAAAACACACGUCCCCUGGGUGACCAUUAAUAAGGAAUACACAGGUGACUUUCAGGACAAAGCAAUGUCAUCACUUUUUAACUUGGUCUGCAAGAUGUAUAAGGGAGGAAAGCCCCCUGCCUGCACCGGAGCACAGAAGAAACUAGACAGGAGUCUGUGCUGAAACCAACAGUCAUUCUGCAUGCCAUUCAUGUUUUCAAAAUAUAUUUUGUUACAGUAUAAGUACCAGUUUCUCUCAUUCUUUUGAAAGACAAUGCAAGUCCAACAUAAAUCAUAAGUCGCUCAUUUAUUUACUCUUGUUGCUGAAAUGUAUUGUAAUACUUGUUUUAUUCUGUGUGAUAGUGUCAAAUAACUCCAUAUGUAUUGAUCAUUUAACCCAAUGCUAACAAGUUACGGUUCCAUUUUGUAUGAACAGAUUUCUCUUUCAAGCCUAAGAGUGCAUAUAACUGUGGGGUCUGAAAUUAAACAUCCUUGAUAAAGA